GCCCCUUGCCUAGCCGGGGCGUCGCUGGGUCCCGGGAGCGCUGCGCUCCACCUCCCGAGGCGGCCCGGGAAGCCCCCGCGCUGCCGGCUGCCAGCGCAGCUGCUCUCGGGAGUAGCCUCUCGGGCAUUUCCCCUCAGCGCACUGUAGGCUGCAGCCCCCAGCUGGGAGAUCUGUGGAAUUUAAGGAAUCCUUCUCUAAGAUAACUUUGCUGCUGUUCCGGCCUUCCUUCUCAGUGUUGUGAUGGUUUCAAUUGAAGAACAUUUCUGAAGAAACUGACCGGAAUAGGAGUCGUCUUAUCUUUUAAAAUGUUCAAAAUUCAGCAACGCAUAACAUCUAACAGGACACCCAGGAAAAGGCCAUAUAGAUGUGACAUCUGCUAUAAACAAUUUGAAACGCCAUCAAAAUUAGCUAGGCAUUAUCUUAUACACACUGGUCAAAAGCCAUUUGAAUGUCAUGUAUGUCAUAAAACUUUUAGACAGCUAGUCCAUUUGGAGAGACAUCAGCUAACCCAUAAACUUCCUUUUAAAUGUAACAUUUGCCAUAGGAACUUCAAAAAUUUAAUUACUUUCUUAAAGCAUCAACAGCUUCAUAAUGAAAACUACCAGAAUGAUAUUAAGCAAGCUAAAAAAUCAGUGGAUGCCAAGCAAGAUAGGCUGUUGUAUGGAAUAUUUCAUUGUUCUGUUUGCCAGAAAUCUUUUACAACAGAAGAGCGGUGGAUGCUGCAUCAGUGCACAAAGUCAGAUCAUCUGCACAGUGCCAGGAGGAGAAAGAAAACUCAUGUGUGUGAAACAUGUAACAAGAUGUUUCCAUCACGAUCUAAGCUGGAAAGACACUUGCUGAUUCACACUGGCCAGAAACCUUUUAAAUGUUCCUUGUGUGGUAAAUCUUUCAGGCAGUCAACACAUUUGAAAAUCCAUCAGCUCACACACACAGAAGAGAGGCCUUUCCAGUGUUGUUUUUGUCAGAAGGGAUUUAAGAUGCAGAGCAAACUCCUGAAGCACAAGCAACUCCAUGUCAGGAACAAGUCUCUUCCCAAAGUCCUUUACAGAGCAAAGACUUCUAAAUACCCUAGACCUCAGAACUCGCUGGAAGGAAAAAGGGAUAAUUUUGAGAAUGUUGAUACUUAUGAGUCCCCGGAAAAUGAUCCACUUGAUGUUCACUCUAUUUAUAUUGUACCUUUUCAGUGCCCACUGUGCGAGCAGUGUUUUGAAACAGAGCGGGUUCUAAAUUUGCACAAAUGUUUUUACCUGAGAGAUGGCAAAAAUUCAAACAGUGGCAAAUCAGUCUACAGCCACAAAGCCAACAUUAAAAGUAAAGUCCUGAUGAAACUCAAACAUGCUGGAGAAAAGGCAUCAGAUUCGUCUCUGUCUGACAGAAAAAAAAAUAAAACAAGUCACUUUAAAAGUUAUGACCUGUUUGCAUCUAAUGAGCAGCAUUCUGAUCGGAAUGCUUCCCCUAAAACUUUUAAGAAUUAUCAUAGCAAGCUUGUCAGGCAUAAGAUAAUUAGCAAUAAAAAGAAAAGGACAUUUGUCAUGCCAUUUUCCUGGCAAGAGCACCUACCAAAGCACAAAUUAGAAAUUAAUUUAAAUGGUAUAAUUACUGGUGAAAGCAUGUUAAACAUGGAUGAUUCAGUACAUAAUAAAGAUAACUCUCUUUAUGGUUCAUUGGAUGCUGAUUUCUUUGAUAAUCCAGAAGCAGCACUUCACUGUGCUUUUUCAGCUCCUACUAAAAAUAUACAUAAUAGACACACAGUGUGUAAAUGUGACAGAUGUGAAAAAAUCUUCCCUUCUUCAUCCAAACUUCAAAGACAUUAUCUUAUUCACACGGGACAGAAGCCCUUUGGCUGUAAUGUUUGUGGGAAGACAUUUAGACAGUCAGCUCACUUAAAAAGACAUCAGCUCACCCACACUGAAAAGAGACCAUAUAAAAGCCCUGUUUGCCAGGUGGAAUUUGAAAAUCUGAACAAACUUUUUAGUCAUCAGGGAGAUCACAUUGAAUUUAAGUCUUCUCAGCCUGUGGGUUAUUCCAAAAGGCCUUCACAGGCAUCUGGCUUUCCAGAAUUUGAGCUGAUCCAGUCAAACCAAGCAGCUGAAAUCAAAGUUGAGGUAGAGUCUGGGGACUUUGUUCUUGGCACCAGCAGUAGAAACACACUGCCGUAUUUGUGUAGUAAGUCGUUGGAAACGGAGCAAAGCCAUUACAGUCACUGGUAUGAUUUUUGUGGAGGUAUGGAAAAAAGUGAAGCUAUUAAAAAGUUUUAUCAGUGCAGUGUCUGCUUUAAAACUUUCAAAUCGCCUUCCAAACUUGAAAGGCACUAUUUAAUGCAUGCUGGACAGAAGCCAUUUGAAUGUUCAGUUUGUGGUAAAACUUUCAGACAGGCCCCACAUUUGAAAAGGCAUCACCUUACUCACUUUAAAAAGAAAUCCUAAAGAUAAAAUGGCUGCCAGAGUUCCACUGAGUGGGAUAACAAACACUAGAAGGUAUUUUGUGUUCAACAAAAGUGGAUGGUGUCCAAUGAGAUUGUUUGUUUGUUUUUAAAGUCUAAAACUUCUGGAUUACAUAAUUAUGAACUGGCUUACAUUAGUUUGACUGGUUUAUGGAAAGUGACUACUUAUGUUAAAGAGAUGACCUGAAGAAAGGUUAAUGUACUAUUUUCAGACUGUCUACUUAUAUAUUUUGUGAUGAAUAAGGGUUGAUGUUUGAAAACUUCCAGCAAUGUUUUUUUUAAAAAUUGUGAAUACAUGUAGUCAAGUAUCAGAGGGGUAGCCGUGUUAGUCUGAAUCUGUA